AUGGGUAGUAUAAUAUCGCCCCUCUUGGCGGAAUUGUUUAUGAGCGACUUUGAAGAAAAGCUACAAAGUGAAAAGCUUUUCCCACGCGUAUGGAAGCGAUACGUAGACGACAUUUACGCCAUAGUGAAGGAACGCUACGUGCCACAAACACUGAAUUGGCUGAACUCACAGCACGAAAAGAUCAAAUUUACGGUGGAACAGGAAGUAGAGGGAAAACUACCGUUUUUGGACCUGCUGAUUACCAGGAAAGAAGACAAUAUCCUGAAGUUCAGCAUUUUUCGAAAACCAACGUCUACCGAUCGUUACAUUACUACGGACUCAAAUCACUUCGGGGCCCAAAAACAAGCAGCUUUUCAUUCUAUGGCGCAUCGUCUAGUCAACAUCCCCAUGGAGCAGGAAGAUUUUGCAGCGGAAAGGGAAAGGAUCCAGAAAGCUGCUGAAUUAAACGGGUACGACAAAAAGUUUGUGGAUAAAAUAAUCCGCAAACAUCUCCGCAAAAAACAGUGCCAUGAUACCACUACACUACAGCCUCUACAGAGAAGAAGUACAAAGAAUCAGUCUACCCGAAAGUAA